UUUUCGCCUUUUGUUCUGUUCUGUUCUGUUCUAUUUGCUGCGUUCACUUUUGUUCUUCCUGUUUUCUUCUUCUUCGUCACUUUCACAGAUCUCGCGCCCUCCAAUCUCCAUUUCAAUCAAUCAUCUACGGAUGGCAAUGCAGUCAGCUAGUGCUGCUGCUCCUCUCCCUACUGCUCAGGUAGUAGGUAAUGCUUUUGUGGAUCAGUAUUACCAUAUCCUUCACCGAUCUCCAGAGCUUGUCUACAAAUUCUAUCAAGAUUCAAGUGUACUGAGUCGCCCAGAUUCGAAUGGCAUGAUGACUUCUGUGUCCACCAUGCAAGCCAUUAACGACAAGAUUCAGUCAUUUGAUUACAAGAACUACAGCGCUGAGAUUAAAACUGCAGAUGCCCAGGACUCUUACCAGGGAGGUGUAAUAGUUUUGGUGACAGGAUGCUUAACUGGAACUGACAAUGUGAGAAGGAAAUUCACGCAGACGUUCUUUUUAGCCCCACAAGAGAAAGGCUAUUUUGUCUUGAAUGAUGUUUUCAGAUACAUUGAGGAGUUUGAAGCAUCCGAGGUUAAUUCUGCACUGCCAAAUGGUGCGGCUGAACUUCCUUCAACAGUAACCUUGGCUUCAGAUCCAGAGCCUUGUCCUGCUUCUGAUCAUUCUGCUUUCGAUUCUACCACUGCUUUAGAAGCUGAGGACACCCAAAAUGGAGCAGAAGUCUAUGACCCUUCUGACAGUGAAACUGGUUCUGUUGUUGAAGAGGUGGUUAAUGAACCUCAAUCUAAGUCUACUCCAAUUGAGACAGUUAUGGUCAUUGGUUCAGAUCUUUCUGCCACCCCAGAGGAGAAGAAAUCUUAUGCCUCAAUUGUCAAAGUUCCCAAGGCAACCCCACGUUCUACUCCAGUAUAUGUUCCUACAAGUAGUGCACGAUCAGUACCUGCAAAUGUGAAUCAACAGGCGCGUUCUCCAGAACAAACUUCCCCUGAGCCACAUGCCUCAGCUCCUGCUGUUGAAAGUGGUCCUGAAAGUAGCAAUGUUCACGAAGAAGGUUAUUCCAUAUAUGUGCGGAACUUGGCUUUAAAUGCAACUCCUCAGCACCUUGAGGAGGAAUUCAAAAAAUUUGGGGCAAUCAAGUGUGAUGGGAUUCAAGUCAGAAGUAAUAAGCAGCAGGGAUCUUGUUUUGGGUUCGUGGAAUUUGAAUCUUUGGAGUCCAUGCAAAAUGCAAUCAAAGCAUCACCAGUAAGCAUUGGAGGCCGUCAAGCCGUGGUUGAAGAAAAGAGAACCAACACGCGAGUUGUAAGCAGUGGACGGGCGAGGUAUCCUUCCACUAGGGGUGGGUUUCGAAGUGAUAGCUUCAGGGGUCGUGGUAGCUUUGGUGGUGGCCGGGGUUAUGGCAGGAGUGAGUUCAGAAAUCAGGGUGAGUUUUCCAGCAGACCUAAAGCCUCUGGUGCGCGCAAUGUAGAGACUUACCAACGGGUAGAACAAAGUGGAAGUGGGAGAUUUAAUCGUCAAGGUGCUAACAAGGGUGCUAUUUCUGCAUAGGAGUUGGAGAAACAACUCUUUUUUCUUUUUUUAACUGUGAAGAGGCAUUCCCCCCCCCCCCCCCUUCUCUUUCUUCUAGGUAGCUUAAAUGCGAUCUCUUGUAACUUUCUGAUCACUGCCAAUUUAUCCUCUAAACGUUUCCCCAUGAGGAACUGUGUCGAAGGGUAAACUUUUGCUUAUUACGGUUUUGGGCUAGAUAGGAGUUUUUGUGCUUUCAUUAUAUGAAAGGUGUUUUUCAGCAUUGUAUUCAUUGAGAAAUGAUCUGUAAUUUUGUUUUUGUUUUCCG